AUGAAUACUCCUCGCUGCUGCCGACCGCUGUCUCGUCAUGCCGCCUCCCUCGCGCGACAACAGCGCCGCUUCCUCGCCUCGGACGCGCCCACGCUCUACACCGCAACCGCCACGACGCAGGGCCCGCGCGGCGGCCAAAUCGACGGUAGCGAGGGCUUCCAAUCUGCCUACGCCAUGCCAAAGGCGCUCGGCGGGCCCGGCGGCCAGCAAAAGACAAAUCCCGAGGAGCUCUUUGCCGCGGGCUACAGCAACUGCUUUUCGGUCGCCAUGAAUCUGGCCGCCAACAGCAUGAAGGUCCGGCUACCCCGCCAGAUUGAAGACUGCCAGGUCAAGGCGGUUGUGGAUCUCAUCGGCGAUAUUCGAAAGAUGGACAUGGGCUUCAAGGUCGGCCUGGAGGUCCGCGUCAAGGGCAUCGAGCAGGGCGAGCUGGAGGCGAUUGUGCAAAAGGCAAAGGAGAUUUGCCCGUACCAUCGCGCUACACACGCGCAGGUGGAAACGAAUAUUCGGGUAUUUAGCGUUCAAUGA